GGGAAGGUUAUGUCGAAAAAUCAUAAGAUAUUUUACUGUCAAUUUGUUGUUGAUCAAUAAAAUUAGUUGAUAUGUUAAUUAUAGCAAAUCAAUAUUAUCUUUGACAAUUGAAAUUUGUAAACUCAAGAAAAUGUUUACUUUUAAUUUUUUAAAAAAUGAAGAUAAUGGUUUACUUACAUUUAUUUGUUUUGCAUAUUUAUGUUUAUUUAUUGAACCUUAAAAAUCUGUUGCUUUUGUCUAUUUUAGAAGAUUCGAAUGAAGGAAAUUCUUGUGGGUUAUCUGUUGAAAUCAAACCUUCUGGAAAAGAAAUAGAGCAGUUUACUGAAGGUUUAACAGGCUGUUCCUAUAAGUUUGGAAAUAAUAUAGAGUUAAAGUCUCUUCCAAAAAAUCACAUUAAAAAAAACUUAGAAAAUGAUGUUGACUUGAGUAUAAAAGAAGCUGAAGAAUCACAUUCAGAUUUAGUUUCUGGAGUAUAUGAAGGUGGUCUUAAAAUUUGGGAGUGCACUUUUGAUUUAGGACAUUAUUUAACUCGUCAAACGUCAAGUUAUUGUUUUGAACACAAGGUUGUUUUAGAUCUUGGUUGUGGUGCUGGUUUGUUGGGUAUCUUAGCAUGCAAGCUUGGUGCCAUCCAAGUUGAUUUUCAAGAUUAUAAUGCUGGUGUCAUUAAACACUUAACAAUCCCAAAUAUAUUAUUGAAUUUUUCAGAAAUUCCUAAAGUAAGAUUUUGGUAUGGAGAUUGGGGAGGUUUUAAACAAGCAUGUUUUUAUGAUGUCAUUUUAACAUCUGAAACUAUUUAUCAACCUAAGGCGUACUUAAAACUUCAUGAACUUUUUAAAAACUGUCUUAAACCAAAUGGUAUUAUAAUUUUGGCUGCAAAGUCAUAUUAUUUUGGAGUAGGUGGAAGCCUUGGAGAAUUUCUCAGUUUUAUUGAAAACGAAAAAAUAUUUACACAUAAAAAUGUUUGGUAUUCAAAUGAAGGUAUAAAAAGAGAAAUAGUUGAACUUCGUUUCAGAAAAGACGUUUCAAUUGAUAAUGAACUGUUAUAGUUCUACAAUUGGAUACUUUGUAGUCAAACAUUUCAAAUAUCAAAACUAUUAAAAUUAAUUUUCUUUCCACUGAAAGUGUGAUAUGCUGUAAAUGCUGAAAAUACUGUGAUUAAUGACUACAUUUUUUAUUUGGAAACAAGUUUUUAAAAUGUAAAUAUGCC